UGUAGAGAGAGGGAAUAUCACUGACAUAUAGAGAAGGAAGGAAACAAAAGUGGAAUCAAUUUAAAAAGAACAGCUAUGACCACAGACAGAUUAGAUCUCAAUGGAUCUGCCCAGCAAUGGCUAGACUGACAGAGGUGAUAAUCAACCGUUCUGGAUUGGAACAUUCAAGGAUGCUUGAAGGUGCAGAUUCAGCCUCUUGGGAUAUAAUGCUGUAAAGGCCCUGAGCAGCAAGGCUACACACAGCCAAACCAAAGCCAGUGAGCUAUAGCACAGGGUGGAGACCGUGAAAGGAUUCAAACGUGUGGGAAAAAAAGACACCAUGAGGACAUCCAGGAAAGGAAGCGUGGAAAUGCCUGCUUUUGUACGGCAACUGGUGAAGGAGACCGAGAAAAGGGUCACCUCCUUUUUCAAAGGGGGGAGAGGGGGAGGUGCAGCCGAGCUGUCCGAAGGUGAGGAGGGGGGAGAGGAGGAAGGGGUCAUCCCCAGCCCCUACCUGGAUCGACCAGUUCUGGACAAGCACAUGCAGGAGGGUUGUGCCUCCUGGGGACUUACCUAUGCCUUGGCCAGCAUGCAAGGAUGGAGGGCUCACAUGGAAGAUUUCCAUAACUGCUUCCCUCAGCUGGGUGGAGAACUGUCCCAUUGGGGGUUCUUCGCUGUUUACGAUGGACACGCAGGCAGCACGGUGGCCCAACACUGCUCUCUGAACUUGCUGGACCACAUCCUGGGCACAGGCAAGAUCCGAGCAGAGGAGGAUGUGGAAAGGGUCACCGAGGGCAUUAAAGAGGGUUUCUUUCUCAUGGACAAGCACCUUCAUGCUAUGGCUUGCCGUGAGGGUUGGGAGCGGGGAGGCACCACUGUAGUAGCCACAGCUAUCACCCCACACAACAUCUACUUUGUGAACUGCGGAGACUCAAGGGCCGUUUUGUGCCGUGCGGGCAGGGUGGCCUUCUCAACUGAGGACCACAAGCCCUUCAGCCCUGGUGAGAGGGAGAGGAUAGAGAGCGCUGGAGGAUCGGUCAUUUUACAACGUGUAAAUGGCUCACUGGCUGUCUCUCGAGCGUUGGGAGACUUCAGUUACAAGACAGCCGAGUGGCGGCCCAUCACAGAGCAGAUGGUAUCUCCCGAGCCGGAAAUAACAGCCGUAGAGCGCUCGCCCGCUGAUGAGUUUCUGGUUCUGGCCUGUGAUGGUGUGUGGGAUACUGUCACUAAUGAAGAGCUCUGUGCCUUCAUACACAGCCGACUGCGUGUCUGUACAGACCUGAGAGAGGUCUGCUCCCAAGUCAUUGACCUCUGCCUCUAUAAGGGGAGUCUUGAUAACAUCAGCAUUCUUCUAGUCUGUUUCCCUGGUGCCCCCCAGCUUUCACAAGAAGCACUGCAUCAGGAGGCUGAGCUGGAGGGCUUUUUGGAGACCAAAGUAGCUGAUAUAUUUGAAGAGCUGAGCGCGAGAGGUGAUGAGCCUGAUCUGUUGUCAGUUCUGACAGUCCUGGCUUCAACGAUGAUACCUGGACUACCACCAGGGGGCGGCCUUCAGAGCAAGCGGAACUGUAUAAUUUCUGCCUACUAUCAGCAGAAAGAGGCACGGCGUCUGAGAUUAGCCAAGGAGCUUGGUUGUUCAGAUGCCAAUUAGAAUCCAUCCUAUAAAUAUGCUUAAUGGAGAUAGAGUGACUUUUGUGUUUGACUGUGGAAGAAAUAAAGAUGAUCAGCUUUCUUUUAAACUCAUAAAUUGAAAGACCUACAUUUUAGGACAGCAGCAAACAUGAAGACAUUUUACUUCAGUCUUUUUGCAUUUUUCAUGAGUGAUGAAACUUAUAAAAAGCAAUGCUGUGCCAUUAUCCAGGACAAUAAUGACUGUAUAUAACUAAGACUUUUACUCUUUAGAUUGUGAUAUGUUCAGUAUUUUCCAUACCAUAUGUAUUCAAUCAGUCUUAAAAUCGCCAAUUCUCAGGUAAUGUGUUUAACUGAUGAAAACAAACGUUUGAGAUUCUCUUCAGUCUUUGCAUAUAAAUGGGUUUACAUUUUUAAACUGAUAUCGAAAAGCAAAUGCAAAACAUGCCACUAAUUUAGUUAUUUCAAGCAUUUAAGCUAUGUAUUAAGAUUUUAAGUGUCAAAUGCAAAUGAAAUAUCUAAGAAGCCAAUUCUAUUAAAUACAAGCACUUUUACAUUUUGAAAUAUACAGGCUCACAAUAUGGUGACAGAGUGCAACUUUUCCUGUUCUUGAAUUGUUGUUUCCUGUAAUAUGCUCUACUCUGUUUGCAUGAUCUGUACUGUGUUGCCUUACUGACCUCUUUGAGAUUAUGCCAAUAUAUGAACAGUAUUAAUAUUAAGGUUGAUGCAUUGCCGUUUCAUGUUGUGUAAUGAUCUUUGUGCAGAAUUCACAGAUCUUGUACAAUAGCAAUAUUUGCGCUCACAUAAAUGUCAGAAGUGGAGUAAUAAAGAUAAUAAACAGAU